AUGACAACAGUGGAUGAAACACCAAUUGUUUCAACCACUGUUGGUCAAAAAUCCACCCCUGAUCUCAUCAUUCCAACACCACAACCUUCAAAGCUUCUUAAAAGAAAAAGAGAAACAGCACAGGCUACUGAUGAAAAGAAAUUUCCUUCUCUCAUAGGUUUCAUAAUUCAAGAAAACAUAAAUGAAUAUCUUGAAACAAAAGCAAGACAAGCAAGGAUAAGAGCCAAAGUUGAAUGCAAGGAUCAAGGUGAUGAAGCCAUUCUGGAAAGAAGGGAAUUCCUGCUCAACAAAGUCAAACAAAUAGCAGAAUAUGCAAGUGAAUUGAACAAAGAGGUGUCAAGUUUAUUCCCUGAAACAGAACAACGAAAUGAAUUGAGAAAGGAAUAUCUUGCAUACAUAAUGAAAGAGAAGUUCUAUUCUGCUGAAGAAACAGAAUUCAAAGACUGGCCAAUCAUUGCAUUGAAGCUUGAAGCUGACAGAAUUGAAAAGAUUAAACUUGAUCCACGGAAGAAAAAGACAGCUCCAAAUUGGAACAAGUACAACAAAUUCAUAGCUGAUCUUAUUUCUGAGCAUAAAAGAAAGAAGCAGGAGUUGGUGGAUGGAAAGCUUGAGAAGCAGAGGUUGAAAGCCUCUAACCCUCCUAAAAAGUCUGACUACAAAAAGCUGCAGGAGCAAGUCAAAAUUUUUGAAACACAGAACAGCACAGCAGAAGCUUUUGUCACAAAAUUGAGAAAAGAAAAGAAGGAAAUGUUGUCUGCUGGAGAAGAAAAGAACAAAGAAGCUGAUCAGAUUGAAGAAGCUAUGAAGAAAAUAGCUUCAGAUAAAGAAAGAUUGGCAAAACUACAAGCCCUUGCCAAAAAGGUCAAAGUAGUAAGCCAAAAGUCUUCAGCAGGUGUCACAAACAGUGAGCUGCUUGACAAAGAAGUUGAAGCAGACAUAGCUACAGCCAAUAAGAUUAUUGAACAAGCAUUCAUACGAGUGGAUGAGGAUGAUUCAAGUUCCAAAGAGUUUGAAGAAGAAUUUAAAAGAAAAGCAAAGGAACUUCUGAUGAAGAAUAAAGAUCCUGACUAA